CAUUCAGUUUGCUUCAAUUUUUCCGCAUCCUAGAUCACCAGUACCCCUCCCUAUAGCAGACAGCCUCUUAGGAAAACCUCCCACCUAAGGAAUCCGAAGGUCAAAGAACUCACCUGCACACUAUUGACUAUACCCUAAUUUCCUUAUAGAGUUUGUUGCCCGUUCUAAGUUGUUCUUUGUUCCUGCAAAUUCCCCCAAAAUAAAAACUCAAUUCAUCAACCAAAUUUGAGCUGAUAUUUCCCAUUGAUACUCUAGCAGUAAAAAAAUGUGGAUUGAGAUUCUGUGUGGGCUAGUAAUUUAUCGUAUAUUCAGGCGAUUUUUGUACGAUGAUGAUAUCUUAGGAGCUGAAACAAAUGACACCGACGCUAAAUUUCUGAUCGCAGAGAGAGCUGAGAAACUAUAUGGGGGAAAAUUAUAUUUGGGACUUCGAAUUCCUGAUCCCGAUACUGGUUCUAGACAAAACAUUGAUAUGGUUGUUGUCACCAAAGAGGAAGUAGUGGUGAUCAAUGUUAAGAACUUUUCUGGGUUUGUAGACAUUGAUACAGAUGGUAGUUGGAUUUGUACUGGAGCAAAACAACGAAAAGCAGAGAAGCAUCCGAAUCCUGUGGUGGAAGCUAAACGGCAAGUUGAAAUUCUUGAAUCAUACUUUGAACAAAGAGGAGUUGAACUGCCAAAUGGAUAUGUGACUUAUAGAGUUGUACUUUCAAACCCCAGCUGCAGAGCUCUUCCUUCCAUUGAUUUCCCACCAGAGGUUGUUCCCUUUGAUCAAUUGACAACACUUCAGCCAGAAACAAAAGGUGUGUUUACUGGUUGGAUUAAGGAUGCAUUUCGUGGAGGAAAGAAAGAAAAUCAAGAUGGGGUCAAUCAGCAGCUUCAGUUUAUUCUAAGCACAGCUCCAAUGUGGGAUAGGUUGGAGCUGGAUGACAAUAAACAUCUUCUUGGAGAAUUCCUUGAAUUCAAAGGAAAAAUAGAGGAUGUCCUGGCUUUGAGACAGAUUAAGAGAUCCAAAGUUAGUCGACUGGUCAUCCAGAAGUCAUCGAUGUUUGGCUUUGGUCGUUCAAAGGUCCAAGUAUUGUAUUCAGCCCGAGAUUAUCGAAGUGAAGGGGCUUCAGGUUCUGAAUGGAAGGAAGUAACAGUGAAAUCAAGUACAGAAGUGCUUUUUCAACCACAGAAUUCUACAAAAGUCGGCAAGUUCAAACUUUCUUCAAUCAUUUCUAUGUCACUGACUGCAUGAGAAAUGUUCCUCCAUUUGACAGAUGCAUACAGUACAAAGCUGUAAGGUAAAAGCUAUGGUGGUUGUUUUUUUCAGCUUUUAAUUUAUAGUGUUCUAUGUAUAUAUUCUAUUUCAUCACAUUGAGUUAUGUUGAUUGCGUAAUCUGAUGUGCGUCAUACGAGACUCUCUCUCUUGGUGCAUGGUUCACCCUCAUGAUAGGUAUAUUUGAUUCGACGGGGCUGUAUUGGCGAUACCAGUGAUCUUGACUGAAACUCAUCAUCAUUGACCAGCACUAAAGUUGUCUAAUUUGAAUUGUCGUCCUUCAUUAUA